UCCGCAGAGCGCGCGCUGGACGACAUGGCGGGACGUCGUGGGGCGCUGAUUGUGCUGGAGGGUGUGGACCGCGCGGGCAAGAGCACGCAGGGCCGCAAGCUGGUGGCUGCGCUGUGCGCCGCGGGCUACCGCGCUGAGCUGCUGCGCUUCCCCGAAAGAUCAACCGAAAUUGGCAAACUUCUGAGUUCCUACUUGGAAAAGAAAAGUGAACUGGAGGACCACUCGGUGCACCUGCUCUUCUCUGCAAAUCGCUGGGAGCACGUGCCAUCCAUGAGGGAGAAGCUGGACCAGGGUGUCACCCUCGUUGUGGACAGAUAUGCGUUUUCUGGCGUUGCCUUCACAAGUGCAAAGAAGAACUUCUCCCUGGAUUGGUGCAAACAGCCGGACGUCGGCCUUCCCCAGCCUGAUCUGAUCCUGUUCCUUCAGCUGGGGCUGGCGGAUGCUGCCACACGGGGAGAGUUUGGUCGUGAGCGCUACGAGGACAGAGCUUUCCAGGAACGGGCACUGCAGAGCUUCCAGCAGCUCAUGGGAGACUCGACUCUGAACUGGAAGGUAGUCGACGCUUCCAGGAGCAUCGAGGCUGUGCACGAGGAGAUCCGCGUGCUCUCUGAGGACGCCAUCCGCAAUGCUGCGCAAAGGCCACUGGGGGCGCUGUGGAAGUGACCGGGCCCGCCUUGGGGUCCUGGGGUUCCUGCUCCUGGUGCGCCUCAGCUCAUUGGGAAUUUAGGGCUGGGGUAUGCCAGGGAUCCCAUCACCAUGGACCUUGGAGGUGUGGGUACCAAGUCGGGUGGCAGAAGGUCCUCCUCUGCCCACUCCCAUGUCCUGAGUGUGGGUAUGUUGCGUGUGUGGCACAGGGCUUGGAGCUCAGGGGAGCUCUCCCAACAGAGCUACACCCCAGCCUUUCUUGAGCUACAUUGUCCUAGACUAACUUCCAACUUGUUACAUCCCCAGUCCUUUUUUAUUUUGAGAAGGUCUAAGUUGCUGAGGCUGGCCUCGCACUUGCAAUCCUGCUGCCUCAGCCUCCCAAGUAGCUGAGGUUAUAGGUGUGCUCCACCACAGCCAGCUUCUUAUUAAACUUUGUUUUUAUUACCAGGGAUUAAACCCAGGAGCACUUUACCACUGUUACAUCCCAUCCUUUUUUUUUUUUUUUUUUUGAGACAGUCUAAGCUACUUAGGACCUCAUUUAGUUGCUGAGGCUGGCCUCACACUUGUAAUCCUCCUGCCAUAGCCUCCUGAGUAGCUGGAGUUACAGCUGUGCUCCGUCACUGCUGGCUUCAUAUUAAACUUUCUGUUACCAGGGGUUAGACAUGGAGUCACUUUACCACUGUUACAUUCUCGGUCCUUUUUGAAAUGUUCUAAGUUACUCAGGGCCUUGCUUAGUUGUUGAGGUUGGCCUCAGUCCUGAGUAGCUGAAAUUACAGGUGGGCUCCAUCACAGUUGGCUUCUUAGGACACUUUUUUUGUUGCCAGGGAUGGGACCCAGGGGUGCUUUACCAAUGAGUUACAUCUCUAGUCCUUUUUAAUUUUUGGUGGUGGUGGUGGGUAUUGAACCCAGGGGCACUUAACCACCGAGUCCUUCCCACAUCCCCAGCCAUUUUGAUUUAGAGACAUGGUCUCACUGAGUUGCUUAGGGCCUCACUAGGUUGCUGGGGCUGGCUUUGAACUUAUAAUCCUCCUACCUGUUCUGAGCUGCUGGGAUCACAGGUAUGUACCACCAUGCCCAGUUUUACUUUGUAUUUUGAGACAGGGUGUUAUUAAGUUGCUUAGGGCCUUGCUUAGCUGUUGAGGCUGGCUUUGAACUCACUAUCCUCCUGCCUCAGCCUCCCAGGUAGCUGAGAUUAUAGGAGUGCCCCACUGCACCCUUUGUAUUAAACUUUAAUAACUCUGAGCAGUUAUCAUUGAGAUCAUUGAAAAUGAUAAGUGGUUGCAGUUUUUCUGAAUUCCUUAUAAGCUCCAAUAAAAACUACCCUACAAAUGUG